CUUGGUCCCUUCCAAACCAUCAAAUUUGGAUUUUGUUGAGGAUGCCAUCAAAGACAUCCAGGAACUCCUUGACAAUGGUUUGGAGGGAAAACAGAUUAAAAUUAAAUGUGUUGUCUGUGAUGCACCUGCAAGAGCCAUGGUUAAAAAGAUAAAACAGUUCUCAGGAUAUUAUGGGUGCGAUAAAUGCACUCAGAGGGGCAUGUGGGUGUCUGGACGAGUGACCUACCCAGAGGUAGAGAAUCUCACUCUACACACGAAUGAGAUCUACCGUACCGAAAUGGCAAGACGGCAGAAAGAUGAGGCCAUUUCAAUGUCACCAUUUGUGAGGCUCCCUUUGGACAUGGUUAAUCAAUUUCCAAUAGACUAUAUGCAUCAAGCCUGCCUGGGGGUCACAAAAAAAAUUAUCACAGAGUGGAUGAGAGGAGAGAGGAAUGUGCGGAUGUCUGCUGGACAAAUCAAUCAAGUGUCCCAAAGGCUGCUCUCACUUCGGAAAGCCAUUCCAAGCUGUUUUCCACGAAAACCAAGGCGUCUAGAAGACAUCGAUAGGUGGAAGGCAACUGAAUUGCGGCAGUUUGCAGUAUACACUGGCAAGAUUGUGCUAAAAGGAAUUCUGGCAGAUGAGUUGUAUGACCACUUCAUGGCAUUCAGUGUUGCCUUGAGCCUUCUUCUUUCACCAAACCUGGCAGUGGAACACAACAGCUACAGCAGUGAGCUGAUGACUUUCUUUGUUGCAAAAACAAAAGAGCUCUAUGGAGAUCACUUCAUGGUGUACAACAUACAUUCCAUGCUACAUCUAGCAGCAGAAGCAAUGAAUUUUGGCACUCUUGAUGCUUGCAGUGCUUUCCCAUUUGAGAACUUUCUAGGAAAGCUUAAGCGACUCAUAAGAUCAGGAAGUCAACCACUUGUCCAAGUGGCCAAACGGUAUGUGGAGCAGGCAAAUUUUCCACACAUACAAUCUGUGGCGACAAAAAAGUUGAAAGUCACAAGACCGAACAACGCUUUCAUUCUCCGGGAGGGGAAGUGUUGUGUGGCCAUGGAAGAAAGAGAAGAGAUGGAUGAGUCCGGAUCUCCAAAGAUAUUAUGCAAGGUUUUUGAGAAAUCUGAACCGCUUUUCAGAGAUCCAUGUGACUCACGUCUGAUUGGCUGUUUCAAAGGGCAGUCAAGGCAAUCUGUAAUGAAACUCAUCCCAGAACAACAGCUGACAAGAACUGCCAUAAUGGUGGAAGAAAACCAGGAGAUUUUUUUUUUGGCUGUCCUGCAUACAAUUUAACUCUCUCUCUCUCUCUCUCUCCAGCCAGCAUUAAAUGGUGAGGCCAAUGUGGGUCCCAUAUUGGCUUUAAAUAAGGGUCCCAUAAGUUCCAUGUGGGCCCCUCCUGAAUGAGCCCAUAUGAAUCUCACAUACAAAUCUGACUAGGGCUAUCUGGCCAUGGCCCAGUAUGUGUCUUAUGUGAGUUGCCCAAUUGGGGAGUAGCCCCAGAGUGCUUGGAUGAUGGGACGGGGCGACACAUUAGGGCGGAGUGACACAUGUAGCCCAGCCCACCCCCAAAUUUCAUUGGUUUAUAAUACAGCAGAGCUUAUUGGCAUAGACACUUGAGACAUGAGCAUGCGCAUUCCUUUGUGUAUGUUUUGAACGAUCUACGCUGUUUGACUGUACUACAGAAUUAUUAAUCGCUAAUCACAGGGAUUUCAGUUAGAAUCCUACUGGCUAAUGUUUUUUGAACUUAAGACGAAUUAGUUACCUUGGGCAGAACAGAACAGAGCUGUGUAACAUGUAUUAUAAUACAUGCCGAUUUUCAUAAAAGCAGACAUAUGUUUUAACAUUGAGCAGUUUAAGAGCUGGGCAAUAUGC